ACUCCGUCUCACCUGAAACCAUUUCCUCUAAAAAAAAACAAAAAAGAAGAAAACCUCAACCCCAUUCCGAUCCCGUCGCCGCAGGCGGCAGCCGCGUCUUCCUGCUCUUCCGCCGUCGUCGCCUCCUGCCGUUGCCGCCGCAGCCAUACCUUUAGGAGAGCCCGCCCCCUCGUUUUCUUGGGUUACCCCGAGUUCUCAGCGGGCGUGGACGUUGCAGCGAUGGAGCGGGUCGGCGGCGGCGAGAAGCAGCUGGAGGAUUGCACCGUAUCCAAUGCUCUAGGAACUUGGUUCUUCUCAGUUGCUGGUGCUCUCAUUGCUAUUCCUGUGGGCAUAAAGAAGAAAUCAUUAGCUCCGCUGGUCUUCUUUGGCACCACAGGAACCAUGCUUGACAUCAUCAUAGGCAUUAGCCAGUGUGAGCGGGAGCAUGCUGAGCGGCAGAUGAAGCUUUUGGAAGCGCAGAACCUUUCGGCGAAUGCUCCAACUGGGAGUGAAAGCUCCGAAUCAUUUGGCAAUGCAGACAAGUGAGAUAUGUAAUCGGUUUUCCUAACUUGUGGCAUCGCCUAUCAUGAUUGGAAAUCUUGCUCGUAUGCCAAUUUGACGCCUCUGAAAAUUCCUAAAUAUGGUAUCCUUCGUAUUCCGAAUAAUGUAUAAUUGUGUAUUGAACAAUGAUCUGUCAUCAGUGCGAGCCUACUGUUAGUCAA